AUGGCUUACCACGAUCCACUCGCAGCAAGACCGAAGACCGCCGAGCAAGCCAACGAGAAAGAACACAAAACCAACGCAGGAGUGAUUCAAAAGCGAGGAAAACAAUCUGGCUAUGUCCCAUAUCAAGACGCCGUCUACUACAACGAUCACAACAGCUCCUCCGACUCCCCAGACUACAAUUCCCGUGAUCGAAGACGAGAUGAUCAUGGCUACCGAGAAGUCUACGAAACAGUGAGACGUCGUCGAUUCAAGUCCGAUGCAGGCCGUACUCCACGUCCCAGAGAUGACGGAGACUACGAAGAGCAAGGACAAUACCCACGAAGAAGCUCACACUACCCCGACCUCGACUUCCCAGGCGGAGGAAGAAGACGAAGAGGACACUCCGGCAACAGCAGCGACAGUCAAAUUCAUCACAGAACCCGAAGCCACACCCGCAGCCGAGAUCGAUACCGGGGAGACAGCAGAAGUCGAAGUCGAAGCCGAAGCCACGACCGCUCCUCCCGCCGCUCCCGAAGCAUAAACUCCCGCCCCCAGUACCUCCCCCAACAAGACCCCCGCAAACCCUCCGAAUCCUACACAAUCCUCAAAGCCCUCAAAUCCGCUGCCAUGGCCGGCGGCGUCGAAGCCGUGCGCUGCCGCGCCGAACCCGGCCCUUGGAGCGGCCAAAAAGGCAAACGAAUCGCCCUGGCAGCCGCCACGGGCACCGCCAUCGGCGCUCUGCGGAACGGACGGCUGGCGGCAAGUGGCAAGAUGCCGUAUGCUGAUGCGGCGAUGACGGGGUUUUAUGCGAUCGAUUUUUUGAAGAGGGUCGCGAGACAUACUGAGCAUGGGAAGAAUAGUUUGAAGGAGCAGAGGGAUUGGUAUGAGGGGAGGGAUUGGGAUGAGGAAGCGAGGGGACGAUGGGGGGAGAGUGUGAGGGAUAGGGUUAGGGGGAGGAGUGGGCAGCGGGGAUGA